AAAAAUGACCUACUCGCCGACAAUAUUCUUUUCAUGAAUGGAAAUCGCUGGAAACUAAUGCGCCAAACCAUGUCGCCGCUGUUCACAUCUUCUAAAUUGAAAUCCAUGUACUACAUCAUAGAUAAAAGCGCCACGGACUUAGUGGAACAUUUAAAGGCUAACAGAGAGCUGCUGAAAGGAAAUGCAUUUGACACUUUAUCUUCAUUUUGCAGUGCAGCUAUAGGAGGCGCUGUGUUUGGAGUGAGCACAGGAUCUAUUUUCGAUUCGCCAUUCCUUGAUAUGGCACGCAAAUCAACACAAGCAACUUUGAGGAGUAAUCUUAAGGUUGCUGUUGGUAACUUGAGCAAUCAAUUAUUUCGUCUCUUAGAUGUGAAAUUGUUUAAAGAUUUCGAAGAUUUCUUCAUUGGUGCAAUUAAGAAUAUCAUACGCGUUCGAGAACAAGAGAAGACCAAUCGACACGAUUUUGCUGACAUAUGUGUAGCAUUAAAAAGUGCCGGUAACAUCGUAGAUAAAGAUACUGGCUUAGAAUUAAAACCAACAGAUGAGCUACUGGCGGCGCAAGCUUUCUUCUUUUUUAUCGCAGGCGUGGAACCAACAGCUCAAGCUUUAUAUGCCACACUAAUAGAACUGGGAAAACACCCAGAGCACUUAGAAAAAGUCCACCAAGAAAUUGACGAAAUUUUUAAAACGCAUAAUAGUCAUAUAGAUUACGAUGCUGUAAUGGGUAUGAAGCACCUUGAUAUGGUUGUCAGUGAAGCUAUACGACUGCAUCCACCCAUCGGCCUUAUAACAAGAAAAUGCGUUAAAGACACUGUCCUACCCGUGGGUAAUAUCAAAAUCGAAAAAGGGACAAGAAUAAUGACGUCCAUCUUAGGAAUUCAUCACGACGAAAAAUAUUAUCCAGAGCCCAUGAAAUUUAUACCAGAACGAUUCGCUCCAGAAAAUAGAAGCAAAAUAACUGAUAUUAGUUAUAUGCCAUUUGGAAAGGGAAAUAGAGUAUGUGUGGGUACUAGAUACGCUUUGUUACAAGCCAAAGCCGGUUUGGUACAUUUACUCCGCCAUUUUACAGUGAGGACCGUUAUUGAGGAUGGUGGACCCAAAUACGUUCCCCAACCUGUGCAAUUGAGACUUUACAAUAUAGAUGUUGAAUUCAUACCGAGAUCGAUUGCUACAUAA